UCAACUUCACCAUCUCGUCCCGACGCCGCGGCAGUAAUAAUUUCACUGAAAAGACCCAAAGUACGAUGCCAAGGUCUUUCUUGGUGAAGAAGCACCUUACUAACAAGAAGCCUGACUAUGGAAUGCUGGAUUCAAAGAAACACGAGGUGAUCCAUACUGAGUCUUCAUGCUCCAAACUGAAUACACUGCAUCCCCACGAGGCUUUGUUUCCAGCGCCAUGCCUUGUGAACUCAGCACUGAGCUCCACCCUGCAGGUGAACCCUAUCGAUCCGAGGAUUUACCUGCCUCCACAGCACCCAAACCUGCCCAUAGAAGGCCCAAUUCUGGCUCUCACUUACCCUUUACCCGCAACGUCCAGUGCCUUCCGAGACCUGCAGCCUGCACUCCCAGUACUGGAGUCUCCAGAACCACAGAAUACAGAGCCAGAAAACAAAGUAUCCGUGUCCCAGUUUGGACUUGCCACCAUUGGAAAAGGUCAAGAACGCCGUGAUGAGUGUUUUGACUGCCAAAAAACGUACUUUACCUUCUCUGGCUUGGCCAAACAGAGGCAACUCCACUGUGAGUGGCAAUGCCAAAAGUACUUUAGCUGUAAGUAUUGCGACAAGGAGUAUGUGAGUCUAGGGGCGCUGAAGAUGCACAUCCGCACACACACGCUGCCGUGUGUGUGUAAACUCUGUGGAAAGGCCUUCUCCAGGCCCUGGUUACUCCAGGGACACAUUCGCACACACACAGGUGAAAAGCCAUUCUCCUGUCCUCACUGCAGUCGUGCGUUUGCAGACCGCUCAAACCUUCGUGCACAUCUACAAACCCACUCUGAGAUCAAGAAAUACCAGUGCAGAAGCUGUUUCAAGACAUUCUCCAGGAUAUCACUCCUGUCAAAGCAUGAGGAGGCCGGCGGCUGCCCCAUGUCCUGAUGUUUUCUGUGGUGGUAGUCCACAACGGUGCCAAAGUUUGCAAGUUCCUCCUAUUAGUUGGAUCAACAAAUGCUCUCCAUAAGAAUCUGAUUUACAUACAGUAGUUACACCCUUAUCACACAUUAAUGCACUGAUGAAUUUUAAAUUUAAUGCAAUAUAUAAAGCACAAUGUACAUUGGGGGUAACCUACAAUUGUGUUGUUGUAAUAGUAGUUGUGAUUGUUUUUUUUUUUGUUUUUUUUUAAUGGAGAAAUUGUAAA